AUGGGGCAGACACCAAAAGGCACGCCGACAGCACCACCUCAAACGUCCAGCACGGAAACGAAUCUCGCAAGGCCCACUUCUGCAGAGCUUGAUCGCGAAGCUGAAACCAUCUUUCGCAGGACAGCACGGUACGGCGGCUCGGAUCCCCGCGACCCUGAAGAUCGCGCCUUCGAGCCUGUUAGCAUCUCGGACGACAGCGACAGCGGUACAUGCGUACCUUCUUCUCCCACGCAGACCAAAUCAAAGAAUCAGCAAAGCGACCAUAAUGGUGAAGAUGACAACCGUGAUUCCGAGCAAGGUCGACCCCGAGGUAACCCAGACGAAUCUCAAGAUCCAAAUCAGGUAGAGUGGGACGGACCAAAGGAUCCUGAAAAUCCGCAAAAUUGGUCGCAAAGGAAGAAGUGGGCGCUCACCGUGCUUGCUUCGAUGCUCACUGUCAACGUCACCUUUGCCUCUUCCGCUCCCUCAGCUGCUACUCAACAAUUGACACAAGAAUUCCAGAUUGGCACUGUCACAGCAACGCUCAUCACUUCGAUCUUCCUUGCCGGCUACUGCUUGGGCCCCAUUCUUUGGUCCACGGCAUCCGAGCUCGUGGGCCGAAAGGUCGUACUUAGCAUCGCCAUGCUCAUGUACACGCUCUUCAUCCUCGGACAGGCGCUAGCAAAGAAUGUCGAGACGCUCUUCGUAACUCGCUUCAUCAGUGGGGUCUGUGCAGCCGCACCUCUGACCAUCUGUGGAGGCAUCAUCGCCGACAUGUGGGAUCCUAUUGGACGCGGCUUUGCCAUGAGCCUCUUCUCGUGCGCCGUCUUUAUCGGCCCCGUGUUUGGUCCCAUCAUUGGCGGAUUCGUCACUCAAUCUUAUCUUGGAUGGCGAUGGGUGUUUUGGGUCAUGAUCAUUUUUGCUGCGGUUUGCUGGCUCGUUCUCAUCAUCUUUUUACCUGAGACCUUUGCGCCGGUUCUGCUCAUGCGAAAAGCAAAGCGACUCCGCAAACUCGAUCCGGAAGCCAACAAAAACCUCUAUGCGCCCCACGAAAAGAGCGAUUGGUCUAUCGGCGGCAUCGCCCAUCGAACGUUGCUCAGGCCUUUCCAAAUCUUGACACAGGAACCCAUCUUGGUACUCAUCACAAUCUACCUCUCGAUUGUCUACGGUAUCCUCUACGGCCUCUUUGAGGCGGUCCCUAUCAUCUUUGAGAUGAAGCGAGGCUUCAACCUGGGCGAGUCGGGCCUGAUUUUCAUUGCGGUCGGCUUGGGUACGACCAUUGGCGGUAUCAUCAACGUGUUCAUGUCUCUUCGAUACAAGUCGCUCACACCGUUCUGGCAUAACUUGCCGCCUCCAGAGGAGAGGCUGUGGGGAUCAAUGAUCGCCGGUCCCGUCCUGGUAGCGGGUGCCUUUUGGUUCGGCUGGACGGGAGAGUAUGCAUCAGUGCCUUGGUACGUGCCAGCACUGGCACUGAUUCCGAUUGGAAUCAGCUUCACGCUCGUCUUUAUUUCUUUGCUUGCUUACAUCGUAGAUUGCUACACGGUCUAUGCGGCAUCUGCACUGGCUGCCAACACCAUUGUUCGAUCGGCUGUUGGUGCAGCUUUCCCGCUGUUCGUGCGGAGCAUGUAUCUGGGAUUGGGCGCAAAUUGGGCUUCUUCGCUGCUCGGCUUUGUGGCAUUGGUCUUGACGCCAUUCCCGUACAUCUUCUACGUCUAUGGAAGCAAAAUCCGCAGCUGGAGCAAGUUUGCGCCCGCCAUGGAUCUCAAAGUGCGCUCAGCGCUCGAGAAGGAAGGCAAGCUUCCCGAGGACAGUCUUAACACCACGAGCGCCUUUGGCCGAAACGGACUCAGCCAGGCCAAGAAGGAGAUGGCAGCCAAGAAGGAUCCCGAGAAGCAGGAGCAGUAG